UUUGAAGGCCGCUAAAUCGUCCUUAUAUUUUGUUGAUCCAAGUCGGUUAAGCACCACUAUAUAUACGCUUCUCAACCCUUGGGUUUUCAUUGUCCUGUUUCUUCAAAUCAAUCAAUCGCGACAAAUCUCUCUCUCCAUAUCCCUCCAUCGCUCGACACCUAAAGCCUCUCUCAAGAUGCAGAUCUUUGUAAAGACUCUUACUGGAAAGACUAUUACUCUUGAGGUUGAGAGUUCCGAUACCAUUGAUAAUGUUAAGGCAAAAAUCCAAGAUAAGGAAGGAAUUCCUCCAGAUCAACAGCGACUGAUUUUUGCAGGAAAGCAGCUUGAAGAUGGCCGUACACUUGCAGACUAUAAUAUCCAAAAGGAGUCUACCCUCCACCUUGUCCUUCGUCUGCGUGGUGGUAUGCAGAUCUUUGUGAAAACUCUAACUGGCAAGACCAUCACCCUUGAGGUUGAGAGCUCAGAUACCAUUGACAAUGUAAAGGCUAAGAUUCAAGAUAAGGAAGGAAUUCCUCCAGAUCAACAGAGACUGAUUUUUGCUGGAAAGCAGCUUGAUGAUGGACGCACUCUUGCAGACUACAAUAUCCAGAAGGAGUCUACCCUCCACCUUGUCCUUCGUCUGCGUGGUGGUAUGCAGAUCUUUGUGAAAACUCUAACUGGCAAGACCAUCACACUUGAGGUUGAGAGCUCAGAUACCAUUGACAAUGUAAAGGCUAAGAUUCAAGAUAAGGAAGGAAUUCCUCCAGAUCAACAGAGACUGAUUUUUGCUGGAAAGCAGCUUGAUGAUGGACGCACUCUUGCAGACUACAAUAUCCAGAAGGAGUCUACCCUCCACCUUGUCCUUCGUCUGCGUGGUGGUAUGCAGAUCUUUGUGAAAACUCUAACUGGCAAGACCAUCACACUUGAGGUUGAGAGCUCAGAUACCAUUGACAAUGUAAAGGCUAAGAUUCAAGAUAAAGAAGGAAUUCCUCCUGACCAACAGAGGCUUAUAUUUGCUGGAAAGCAGCUUGAAGAUGGCCGUACUCUUGCAGACUACAACAUCCAAAAAGAGUCCACCCUCCAUCUUGUCCUCCGUCUGCGUGGUGGCAUGCAGAUCUUUGUGAAAACUCUUACUGGCAAGACCAUCACUCUUGAAGUUGAGAGCUCGGAUACCAUUGACAAUGUGAAGGCUAAGAUUCAAGAUAAGGAAGGGAUUCCCCCAGAUCAACAGAGGCUGAUUUUUGCCGGAAAGCAGCUUGAAGAUGGCCGUACUCUUGCAGACUACAACAUCCAAAAAGAGUCCACCCUCCAUCUUGUCCUCCGCCUGCGUGGUGGCAUGCAGAUCUUUGUCAAAACACUUACUGGGAAGACCAUCACCCUGGAGGUUGAAAGUUCAGAUACCAUUGACAAUGUGAAGGCAAAGAUCCAAGACAAGGAAGGCAUUCCUCCAGAUCAACAAAGGCUGAUUUUUGCUGGAAAGCAGCUUGAAGAUGGUCGUACACUUGCUGAUUACAACAUCCAAAAAGAGUCCACCCUACAUCUUGUCCUCCGCCUUCGUGGUGGCAUGCAGAUCUUUGUCAAAACACUAACUGGGAAGACCAUCACACUGGAGGUUGAGAGUUCAGAUACCAUUGACAAUGUGAAGGCAAAGAUUCAGGACAAGGAAGGCAUUCCUCCAGACCAACAGCGUUUGAUCUUUGCAGGUAAACAGCUUGAGGAUGGGAGGACACUUGCAGACUACAACAUUCAGAAGGAGUCUACGCUCCAUUUGGUGCUGCGAUUGAGGGGCGGUAUGCAGAUCUUUGUCAAGACCCUUACAGGGAAGACCAUCACUCUGGAGGUGGAGAGUUCAGAUACUAUUGAUAAUGUGAAGGCUAAGAUUCAGGACAAGGAAGGGAUUCCACCAGAUCAGCAGAGGCUGAUAUUUGCUGGCAAGCAGCUCGAGGAUGGGCGCACACUUGCAGACUACAAUAUCCAGAAGGAGUCCACCCUUCAUCUUGUUCUUCGACUUCGUGGUGGCUUUUAAAUAUCAAGUCUUAUAAUCUCUUUGCUAUACUUCUGUCCUUAUUUCAAGACAAUCCUUGCAACUGCUAUAAUAUAAUUGGCAGUACUUAUGUUUCUGUUCUAGAAUAAUCUUGUUACCAAAGUGGUUUCCUUCUGGGCAUUUAAUGCUUGUUGGUUUCCUUUUCAAUUAAUGCAUGUUGGUUCUCUGCC